AUGGAAGGGCCACUCUCAAAGUGGACAAAUGUCGUUCAGGGAUGGCAAUACAGAUGGUUUUUGCUAACUGAAGAUGCCAUUAUCUACUAUACCUCGAGAGAUAAGAUGCUCAAGCGGCAACAACGAGGCUGUAUGCGACUUCGCGGUGCAAGCGUUGGAAUUGAUGGAGAGAAUGAGAGCCUUUUCACACUCACUCAAGACGGGAAAGUCUUUCAUUUACAAGGUCGCGAUGAGCGUGAACGAAACGAGUGGGUGAACGCACUUGAUGGCGCGAUUCGACGCUGCAGUGGCUAUCCACCAGCCGGUGCCGGAAAGAAAGCGCGUGCUUCGGCUUCUCAACAACAACAACAAAAUCAGACCACAUUUGAGGCGCUUCGGCAGAAAAUCUCCGAAGCCGACUCUUUGAUGACGGCAAUGGCUCAACAUUUGAAAACAAUCGAACCGCUGAGGGAACGGGUAAACGAGACGGAGAGUGCAUCGUUUGACGGACUCCUUUUCACCGGCACAAAGCUUAUAGAUACGGUGAAACAUGCAGUGAUUCUCGUGCAGAUGUCACAAAAUCGAGUCGAGAUGGCGGAGGGAAUGGGAGAGACGAUUGGAGGCGCGCCAACAAUGGGAAUACCGGUGGCUCGCUCGAUGGGAGCGCUUGAUUUGAAUGAGAAGACCAACGGGCCGCACACCUCGGCCGAUGUUCACAAAGUGGCAGCUCUGCGACAAGAAGGUGUCCCUGGUGGAUUGCCCUCAACUCAUCUGCAAGUGAAAGUCCCGCCAAUCAGCUACAGCUCGAGCGAUGAUGAGUUCUAUGAUGCACAGGAUAACGAUGAUGAGAGUGAUAAUGAAGAGCUACCUGCAGAUGACGACAAGGUGGUGCUACGCCAAACGUCAAUUGUGGAAUCGAAACGACAAAGUCCAGCUAACAACAGCAACAAUCAUGACACUUUGAGUGUCUCCGUUCAAGAGGAUGGAAUGACAAAUCGCGAGAACGCGCCGACUCCCACACCAUCUGUAGUUGCGCCAUCGGUGACGGGAACAGAUGAAAUUGACAAAUACGAUUUUGGUGACGAUCACGAGGAUUUCGAUGCCAUUUACGACAAUGCUGAAGAGCAUGACAUCGGUAACGUGCAACAGGAACACGGAUCAGUGCUUGUCCAUUUGCUCUCUCAGGUUUCGGUUGGAAUGGAUUUGACGAAGGUGACGCUGCCGACAUUUAUCCUCGAACGUCGCUCUCUUCUCGAGAUGUACGCCGACUUUUUCACUCAUCCCGAUGCUUUUGUCUCGACCUCCGGUUUGGAUACGACGGAGAAGCGAUUCAUGGCCGUCGUGCGUUACUACUUGAAUGCUUUCUACGCAGCUCGAAAGAGUGGAGUCGCAAAGAAACCCUACAAUCCGAUUCUCGGCGAAUCUUUCAGGUGUCGCUACAAGGUGCCCGAAAUCACAUCGUCCGGCAAUAUGACGCACCGAGGACCAUUCCCUGGCUCAGAUGACAGCCAUUUGACGUUCAUCGCGGAACAGGUUUCCCACCAUCCACCCGUGUCAGCUUUCUAUGCGGAACACCCCGGUCGCCGUAUCUCCUUCCAUGCGCACAUUUGGACGAAGAGUAGCUUCUUAGGAUUGUCUAUUGGAGUGGCAAACAUUGGAUGUGGCACGGUGGUUUUGCACGAAUUUGACGAAGAGUACACGAUCACUUUCCCGAGUGGAUACGGGCGAUCGAUAAUGAGCACACCGUGGGUGGAAUUGGGUGGAAAGGUGAAAAUCGUCUCGGAGAAGACCGGCUACUAUGCGGACAUUGAAUUCCUGACGAAGCCUUUCUUUGGCGGAAAACCGCACAAGAUCCAGGGAAAUUGCUACCGCGAGGGCAUGAAGAAGCCUAUUUUGACAAUUCGGGGUGAGUGGAACGGUGUGAUGUUCGCGAAGCCGGCAAAUGGCGAUGAGUACGUGUUCAUCGAUGUGACAGCGGAGCCUGAAGUGAAAAAGGAGUGCGUGCCGGUGCUGCAACAAGGCGAUCGGGAGAGUCGACGAUUGUGGAGACAUGUCACCGCUGGUCUACUGAGGAAUCGGAUCAAUGUGGCGACGACGGCAAAGCGAAUGAUUGAGGAAAGGCAAAGGCGCGAGGCGAAAGAGCGGCAGCAGAGAGGUGAAACGUGGACCCCGACACAUUUUGAGAAGGUCGGCGACCGUUGGCUGUUUCGUGAACCGUUGGAGGGCCGUCGACCCGAGUUGUUCAGC